AUACUAUUGUACCAAGGACGCGGGCGGGGUUGCUUACUAACGCUUUUUAUUUCCUUUUCCUUUUCAAUUCUCUUUCUCAGUCUCUUAGGGGGGAGUUGUGAGGAGGGAAGUCGUGUGUGCUGGGAGGUUAUUUGUGAGAUAAGAUGGCAACUGGUAUCCAGAUGACGCGCGAGGCCCUGUGCGAUGGGCUGGACCACAUGGCUCUGCAGCAUCUGACGCUCAUGGACCAGCUGAUUAGAACAAAGAUGAUCUUAGAAGAGCAUAUGCGAAGUGGCUUCUUCUUGCUGGGCAAAACUCGCUACGUCCUGGGUUGCAAUGCCAUCAGUACCUUGCAGUUGCCGUCAGAGGAGAGAGAAGUAGAUCCCCUCGUGUCAGUCGUCUCGACACCGGUCAGGAUUGAAAGAUACGAUGGGGAAGUCAUCUACCAGGAGAUGAACACGGAAUUUGCAGAUCCUGUUGUGUCUCUCCCUGUUGAGGUGGAAGAAGACAACAUGUCCGAUAUGUAUACCCAGGAAGAUGAUCCUGUAGAAGGGUUAAGGCAGAGGAUCUCCAAUUUACAAGGAGAACUGCCUGAAGACAGAGAAGAGGGUGACAGAGAACAGUAUAGUACAGAUCAAACUAAAAAGAAAGUCGUUAACAGAGAUCCUAUCAGAUGGUUUUCAGUUUUGCCACCACAGACUCUCAAACAAGCGCAGACGGAUUUCAAGACUGCAAUUCAAAUAAGUGCAAAGUGUGCCACUUUAUUAGGACAGUUAAAAGCAGUGUGUAACGAGUACAAGCGGCUGGCUAAAAUCAAGUCGAAAAUUGAUAACAUCGAGAAGGAAUCUUGAUCGUUGUGGCUCGACUAUGAGGGGUUGCUCAAGGAGAGGGAAAAAGCGUACUUGAGACAUUCACAUUCCUAAUGGUAAAGGUUAUUUGCAAAGAUUUUUAUGGUUUUAACCCCUCUGGGAAGGUUUUGAGUUUGCUUUUAGCUUCAGGAUAGUUAAUGAAGUCUUUAAUUUUCAGUUCUGAUAUACAUUCCAUAGUACACAAUAUAGCUACAAACAUCUGCAGAUUAUAAUUAACUAUGAAUAUACUAUAGCUAUAGAAAAAAGGAGAAAACAAGAGAAUAACAAUUAUAAUCCUCUCUUACUCUUCAGAAGAUAGCCAUGCACUCUCAGAGUAUGUGAUACAAAAAUAAAUUAACUUAUACAGGUAUUUAAAGAUAAAGUAAAAAAAAUAAAUCACAUACAGAUAUGUUUAAGGGAGAUGAUAGAUCUUUAUUUUGUACUGUCACCAUUACAAGGCCUUAAUGAUACUAAUGAUAAGAGGAUAAGAAGACAAGGUAGAGCAUGGACACUUGUAUAACUUGCACAUUAAAAGAUAAAUGCAAAAGGGUUUGAAUAUCCUUGUUCAUCCGAAAAGUUUUCUCGGUGACCAAAUAUUGAUUAAAUUUUUUUUUCUAAAUAUGUCUUAUAUUUUCAGUCUUAAUUUAAGGACUACAAGGUAGAUAUAUAUUUAUGUGUUUUAAUACCAUAUACAGAAUUGAACGAGAAAAUUGAAAAAUUCAUAUAAAUUAUGUUCAUAGGCACACAUCAGAUUUGGUGUCAGAUGGUUAAUGUUAAAAGUGAUAAUAGAUAGCAAAUUGACAAAUAAUACAAAUGGAACUUUGAGAAGGUACUUUACUUAAAAACAAAACAUAACUGAAAUGCAAUUGUAGUACAGUAUAUAAAAUUACACAUAUUAAAAAAAUAAUGAUCUGCCUAUUUAUAAAUCCCAGUUCGUAAUAUUAAGCACUGUAAGAUGGAGACUCAAUGCCUAUUAUUCAGGAAUAAUUGGAUAAUAAUAUGAUAUUAAUAAAGCAGAGCAAAAUCACCAGAUACAGCCGUCUGUCUGGUAGUUUUCUGCUGGCUAUGGACGGACAACCCUUUCAGACACCAACAUCCGCUUGGGUACAUCGACGCUCAGUUAGCUGGUCAGUUUGAUUGUGUGGAAGAGACCUAAAAGAGGCUAUGGAAAGGCAAAAAUGAGAGAAAAAGAAAAGAAUCUGGAAAUUCCUGGGUAGGUAAAGGUAAGAUAUUAAGAGAGUAACAUUUAUAUUGUAAGUUACAUGGGUAGUCUUUUCCAGCUCUGUAAGUAGCACAACUUCUUUGCGCAAAAUGGGAAGUUUUAGAUAUUGCAGUGAAUUGCAAUGGAAUACAUUUUUAUAGAAUUAUGUAAAAGUAUUAUAAUUGUAUAAUUGGAAAGAUAGAAACAUCUGAAUUGAAUAGAGUUAAAUAGUAGAAAAAAAAGUGUUUUGUAUGCCAUGUGUUACAAAGGUCUUGCAGUUCUGUAUAGUUACUUAAUGACAAGCAAAGAUGAGAAGGUAAGAAAGGAAAUUAUGUUUAUUGUGUCAUAUGAGGAAAAGAGAAGUAUCAUAUGAUCAUGUCCAUUGAAGAGCAAAUGAAUUUAAAUACUUGGAAAUAUCUAUAAAAUUAGGGGAUAAGAGCUUAAACUUUAGACUUAUUGUUACUUGAAUGGUUUUAACAAAUGCUUUUUGAAUUAACUUAUCGUAUCAACGACAUAUCAUGGUGGAAUAUGGUGCUAUAGCUAAAUGUCUUAAAACGUAUAAGUAAAUAAAAAGUUGGUUUUCAUUUGUAAUACCUUGAGAUUAUGGAUUAUUUACUUCAAUUUUGUGAAAUGUAGGGUCACUGCAUGUAUCAGUUUUAAUAGCAUUUUGUAGUGCAGUAGUAUACAAUUAUUUCAGAUAAAAUUGAUAUGCUUGAUCAAAAUAUACCCCCCCCCCCCCUAAUCCCUUGCUCAUUGUUGUUGCGGGAGGGCUUAGGAGACGGAGACGGAGACCCAACGUAAGAGAUCACCCGUACCUUGGACCUCAGCCCUUACCUCCACUAAUUUUGCAUGGUCUUUUCUCCUCCCCCUCCUUUCCUUUCCUUCUCUUCUUCAUCAUCCCCGUCUUCUGUCCACUUCCUAAAGAUGUAAGAGCCGUGCUGAAAGGAUGAAAGUUUGGCCUUAUGUCAAUCGUGAACGGCCUCCGGGAGCCAUGGGCUUGGCGUUCCCUUGGUUGAUUGUCAAACCUUUGGGGACCCUGAGGAGUAGGCCGUUUCCUCUCUCUAUUUAUUUCAGGCUCACCAUGGCCAGUAAUGAAAUUUUUUUACCCUUAUUAGGGGCAUUAAGGCUUGCUUGAUUGUAUGGACUAAUCUUCCAUCACAUAUAUGAGAUACCUUAUCUCUUCCAUCUUUCAAGAGGCUUCUGAAAUUGCGUCUAUUAUCGCAGUAUUAAGUGUCCACUCUGUGAACAUAUCAAUGAAUCAUAGUGUUUAUUCAGUAUCUUUUCUUUGCCAUUAACUAUUAACUUAUAAAAUGCCAUGAAACUGUGUGCAUAACCUUGUUUUGUGUAACUACCAGUGAGCUGCCCGAAGAGUGUAUCUACAUUCUGGAGACUCAGCCACUACUUUCUUGUAAACUAUACUUUGUAAUUUAUUUCUUUGAGGCUUAAUAAACAUUUUCGAAUUUGAA